GAGGCUCCAGCAGCAGAAGGGAAACCGGAGCGUCCGCGCCCGCCCAGUCGUCAGCUGAUGGGCGGCUUGCCGAGUAGGCAGCCGCCGUCGCCGCGCGAACAUGGCGGCGGAGAUCCACUCCAGGCCGCAGAGCAGCCGCCCGGUGCUGCUGAGCAAGAUCGAGGGGCACCAGGACGCCGUCACGGCCGCGCUGCUCAUCCCCAAGGAGGACGGCGUGAUCACGGCCAGCGAGGACAGAACCAUCCGGGUAUGGCUGAAAAGAGACAGUGGUCAAUACUGGCCCAGCAUUUACCACACAAUGGCCUCUCCUUGCUCUGCUAUGGCUUACCAUCAUGACAGCAGACGGAUAUUUGUGGGCCAGGAUAAUGGAGCCGUAAUGGAAUUUCACGUUUCUGAAGAUUUUAAUAAAAUGAACUUUAUCAAGACCUACCCAGCUCAUCAGAACCGGGUGUCUGCGAUCAUCUUCAGCUUGGCCACAGAGUGGGUAAUCAGUACUGGCUACGACAAGUGUGUGAGCUGGAUGUGCACGCGAAGCGGGAACAUGCUCGGGAGGCACUUCUUCACGUCCUGGGCUUCGUGUCUGCAAUACGACUUUGACACUCAGUAUGCUUUCGUUGGUGAUUGUUCUGGGCAGAUCACCCUGCUGAAGCUUGAACAGAACACGUGUUCAGUCAUCACAACCCUCAAAGGACAUGAAGGUAGUGUCACCUGCCUCUGGUGGGACCCUAUUCAGCGGUUACUCUUCUCAGGAGCAUCUGACAACAGCAUCAUCAUGUGGGACAUCGGAGGAAGAAAAGGCCGGACGCUCUUACUUCAGGGCCAUCAUGACAAGGUGCAGUCGCUGUGCUACCUUCAGCUCACCAGGCAGCUCGUCUCCUGUUCCUCGGACGGCGGAAUUGCAGUGUGGAACAUGGAUGUUAGCAGAGAAGAGGCUCCUCAGUGGUUGGAAAGUGAUUCUUGUCAGAAAUGUGAGCAGCCCUUUUUCUGGAACAUAAAGCAGAUGUGGGACACCAAGACGCUGGGGCUGAGACAACAUCACUGCAGGAAAUGCGGGCAGGCUGUCUGCGGGAAGUGCAGCAGCAAGCGCUCAACUUACCCAGUCAUGGGCUUCGAGUUCCAAGUCCGGAACAUUUUCAGUGAUCUCUUUUCUCUUGUUAGUCGGACUUCUCUAGCGACCUUUCAUGAAGGAAAACAUAACAUUUCCCACAUGUCCAUGGACGUUGCCAGGGGACUGAUGGUGACCUGUGGGACCGACCGCAUUGUAAAGAUCUGGGACAUGACGCCUGUGGUGGGCUGCAGUCUGGCAACUGGGUUUUCUCCACACUGAUGUGAGAGCUGGGCGACAUCCACAGCUAAGAACAGCAGCUCCACCAAAUGAAGUCCUUCCCGCGCAGCUCCACAGUGCUGUCUCGUGAAUGGACAGUAGCACUUACAAACAAAUCAACAUUUUUAGAAAGCAAAUGUAAAGGUGUGUUUUGGGGCAUUUGUGGAACUUACCUAUGGGGACUAAUAUGUGAAAGGUCUAUCCGUAGUGGUUCCCUGAAGACUGGAAUUACUUCAGUGAAACUUCCCCAUGAACAGCGAGCUAAUAUGUAGUGAAAAAAUGAGCUAGCAAAUGAGUUUUAGCGGGGACAAAAAGUCAAAAAAGUGAACGCUUAGAACUUUCUCAAAGCAAGUCACAAGUACAGACACUUCACUUAGCCUAGGGGGCCUUCCAGGGCUCUUGUGGCUGUUGUCAAAACAGGAGCUGGGGGAAGGAAGACUUGUUCUCUCUUUCUUGAGGGGUGGCAUUAGGAACUUACGAAACCAGAGACCUUUCCCUAUGAACUAGCGGUAUGUGAAUAUCCUCUACACUUAGUUACUGAUAAACUUCUUAAAGAGAUCUGUUAUUUUCAGGUAGUGCCGUAAUCCACGCUUCGCAUUGGCUUUUUUCAAUAGUUUCUCUUCCCAGCCAGUGUGCCACAGGUGAACUUUUGAGGUUGUCAUUAAGUAAGUUGUGAAAUUUCUCUAAUUACCAAGGCAGUCCACAUUCUUCCCUUUCCACCAAAUUCCGAGGACAAAACUUUUUUAUGGUGCUGUUAACAUGGGAGUCACACAAGCCGCCUGACUUUUCCUCAUUGCCGUUAGUAAUAAGUGAUGGGAAACCCAGCCACCAUUGUGAUGCGAAAUGAUCCGUCUGUUGCCUGGAACACCCCGGUCCUCUUAAAUGAAACAGCAUUCUACUUGUUGUUCCAAGAUGAGCCCCUGCAAUAUUCUGGCAGUUUAAUAUGCCCCCCACAAAAGCACUCUACAGCUUUUACACCAUUUUGACUUUGAGUUAUAACUAGUAUUAUUCAUGUUUUCAUUAAAAGAAGUCAGUGACCCAGAGCUGUCACAAUAAUUCCCAACUCAUAAAUUGCUUUCCUAAGAACUAGCAAAAGCUGUUGUUCAUAAAGGCAUUUCUAAAGCUUUUGGGCACUGUGUACCAGGAUGAGGAAGAGAAGAAAUGAAGACCUGUCUUUUAAUAUUCCAGUAUGUGUGUGUGUGAUUUUUUCUGACAACAGUACAUCAUAUAUCUAUUUCUCUAGGGAUAUGGAAGUAAGUGGAGAAGGGCCUACCUUUUUAAAGGACAAAUAUAAAAAUAGAUAGCAACAGUACCUUUGCUAAUCUUACUAAUGGAUAUUGAUUUAAAAAAACAAAAAAAAAACCUCAGUACUGCAUCACUGUGUUGGGAUCAUACCAAGACAAUAGGGUCAUUCCAUAUGAUAAAACUAAAGGACUAAAUCUGUUUUAUAAUGACGUCUUAGAGGGACUGAAAAGUUUAAGGAGACAAUUAAACUAAGAUGUCUUAAUGGCUGUGUGACACACGUAGGGAAAGGAAAGGGGCUCAGGCGCAUCAUGUACUGGAAUGAUCUGCAUUCAAUGUUGACUUAUCUUCAGAAAUAA